GCUGUGAUCGAGGGCAUCCAUGCUCUCGGCGCGCUGACUGGCACUUCAUCCUUCAACUCGCCCAAGGUGCUGGUCAUCGGAUCAGACGUCGCAGCUCGCCAGGCUAUCACGACAGCCAAACACGGUCAGACGAAGACACACAGAGUGAUGAGGUGGCGCUGGCCUCUUUGCAUUUAUACGCGUCGUGUGUGUGCGUGUGUAUCAGUUCUGGGCUCUUGUGUGUUUGCCACUGACACUGACACCAGAGGUGAUGCCAGGGCCCGCCUGGAGUCUCGCGGUGUGUGGUACAUCGAUCCCUGGCGCUCUGCCACAUCGACGUCAGGCGACGGCAGCGACUUCGAUGCGCAGCGUGCGAUGUUGAUGAAGGUGUUGCCGUCGAUGGAUCUGGUCAUCUGCUCGGCGGCCAACAAUGGCAACACGGCCCCCUUGAUACUCGAUGGAGAACUGGUCAGUCAGAGCACAACAGCCAGCACCGAGACUGACAAGGCACAGACACUCACUCUGUUGCCUGUCUAUGUGUGUGUGUGUGUGUGUGUGUCCAUGCUGCAGGUGCGUGUGAUGGGCCGCGGCAAGUGCAUUGUGGAUCUGACUUCCAGCAAUACGAGACCUGGUCAGGACACACAGACAGGCAGAGGGACCGACAGAUAAGAGAGGGCUGCACACCUGUGUGUCGUGUCGUGUCGUGUCGUGCUCAGGUGAGGUGGUGGUGGAUGGUGUGUCUGGUGUCAAGAUUGUGGGCAUGCACAAGGCGGCUGAUUGCAUCCCAGCUGCGGCAUCAAUUCGCUACUCGUCGUGCAUCGUCAACAUCCUCAAAGUCGGCACUUCACUCUUGAGAGACACAGUGACAGGGAAACACGCAGCCACUUCUGUGUGUGUGGUUGAUCAGAGUUCGGGCGGCGCAGCGGCCUUCAGUGUGACGGCCAACCCGACAUCAACGCGAUGGUCAUGACGCGACACGGCAGCGUCACACGCGCCGCACUCCGCAUCUUCACGCAACAAGAGAGACCAGGUGGGUGGGUGAGUGCGUUCGUGGGGAGAGAAUUGUGUGUGUGCAUGUCGUUCGUUUGUGUGUGAUUGUUUGUGGUCAGAGCUUCUGUCCCUGUUCGAUCGAUUCGUGGGCAAGCAGCAAAGCCCCGCCAACAACACCAGCACCGGCAACUAACUGAACGAAGGCAAGCAGCCUAACCAUAUGCAUGACACGACACACCUUCCUACGAAAACAAACGUGCACAUGUGUCCGUCUGUGUGCCGGCUGUGCAGAGAUUGA